CACACUUGUUUCCCUACCACGAACAACAACCAAUCAUCACCAUGUCCACCGACAAGAUCACUUUCCUCCUCAACUGGGGUGCCACCCCUUACCAUGCUCCUAUCUACCUUGCUCAGUCCAAGGGCUUCUACGCAGAGCAGGGCAUCAAGGUUGCCAUUCUCGAGCCCAAUGACCCCUCGGACGUCACUGAGAUCAUCGGCUCAGGCAAGGUCGACAUGGGUUGCAAGGCCAUGAUUCACACCCUCGCCGGCAAGGCCCGUGGCUUCCCUAUCGAGUCGGUUGGCACCCUCAUGGACGAGCCCUUUACUGGCCUCGUCUACAUGGAGGGGUCGGGCAUCACGACCGACUUCCGCUCCAUCAAGGGGAAGACGAUUGGCUACGUCGGCGAGUUUGGCAAGAUCCAGCUUGACGAGCUGACCGCCCACUUCGGCAUGCAGCCUUCGGACUACAAGGCGGUCCGUGUAGGCAUGAAUGUCUCCGAGUCGAUCAAGCGCGGAGACAUCGAUGCUGGCAUUGGCCUCGAGAACGUCCAAAUGGUCGAGCUCGAGGAGUGGUGCAAGGCGACGAACCGCCCCACGACUGACGUCAAGAUGCUCCGUAUUGACGAGCUCGCUGAGCUGGGCUGCUGCUGCUUCUGCUCGAUCCUCUACAUUGCCAACGCUGGCUUCAUUGAGGCCAACCCGGAGAAGGUCAGGAAGUUCAUGGCUGCUAUCAAGAAGGCCACCGAUUACUUGUUCGAGAAGCCCGAGGAGGCAUGGAAGGAGUACAAGGUGUACAAGAAGGUCAUGGACACGCCUGUCAACGAGAAGAUCUUCGAGAGGAGCUUCGUCUACAUGAGCCCCGACUGCGCCAACGUCCCCCGUGACUGGAACAAGGUGACCAACUACUGCAAGCGCCUUGGCAUUGUCUCCAACGACUUCGAGCCCAACUUCACCAACUCGUUCCUGAGCUGGAAGCUCGAUGCUCAGCCCGAGGACGGCAUGGCCAAGCAGCAGGCUAUUGCUGAGUACCAGAAGCAGGUCUCCCAGAAGGGCGGUAUCCUCGAUGGGCUCAAGCCUCAGUUGCCUACUGUGGCUGCCGCCUAAUCGGAGAGCAGUUGACGGCAUAUUGGCUUGCUAGGAGGAUGAACGGGUAGAGGAGGGAAGUCGAGAGGAUCAGAGAAGUUGCACAAUCGAUUGAAUCACAGUCCAUUCAACUCCUUGUUGCCGUGAUGGCGGGUGUGUCCCAAAGGUAGCGAUGACGAUCAGGGGUGCUUUUGCGCCUGGCACUCCUUGACGAGCUCCAUGAUAGCCCUGAAUCUCGGCCCCUCAUGUGUAGCCAUU